AUGUCUUCAUCUUCAACUCUCGCAAAACGUCCUCCUAGUCCAACUGACAAAGAAGACGUGAAGAAGAAAAAAAAUAUUGACGCGCAAUACGCUCUAGAACUAAAACUAUCUGAACAGCCUGAACGUCCAAGUAUCGGAUCUUCCGGAAGAAAAAUUAGCGUUAAAACUAACUAUUUAAGAGUUCGUACACUUCCCAGUGGUUCCCUCCUUCAUUAUAGCUUUGUCGUGGUACCUGAUGUAAAGACCCCUUUAAAGACAAAGAUUUUUUCUCAAUUGGCAUCUCAAGGAAGUUUUGGAAACACGUGUCCCGUAUUUGAUGGAAAUAGCGCUAUCUAUACGUGUGUUCCCUUGCCAAUUGGUGAUGAAAAAGAUACUUCAAACAUUCAGAUAACAUUACCGGCUGAAGGUCGAAUGAAAGAAAAGACAUUUCUCGUAACGAUUCGUAAAGUAGAAAAUAUAGAAAUGGAUCGACUCAUGGAAUACCUUAAGGAAAAAUGUUUAAUGACAAGUCAAAUUCCAACUUGUAUUACAAUUCUUAACACUGUGUUAAACUAUGGUCCAAGAAAAAGUUAUGCUGUCGUGAAACAAGGAAUUUUUCCUAGUGACCUUAAAGAAAGUUCUAUAGUUUUGGCUGGUG